CUCUUAUUCCCGGCCUCCUCCGAUCCCCUCCCCGCCAGACGCCACCACCACCGCCGCCGCCGCCGCCAGAAGAGAUCCAUCCGUCCGGCCAAGCCGAGAGCAGAGCGGAGCAGGGGAAGGAAACCGGAGAGAGGGCCAGCAGCCAUGAUGUUCUCGAGCCAGGUCGACGCCUUCUCGCCGUCGCAGUUCACCGCGUCGCAGAACGCCGCCGCCGACUCCACCCCCAACAAGUUCCGGGGCGCGUCGGGCACGAUGCCGCUGACGGUGAAGCAGAUCGCGGACGCGCAGCUGGCCGGCACCGGCGAGAAGGGCGCGCCCUUCGUCGUCGACGGCGUCGAGACGGCCAACGUCAGGCUCGUGGGGAUGGUGAGCGGCAAGGCGGAGCGGAACACGGACGUCUCCUUCACCCUCGACGACGGCACCGGCCGCAUCGACUUCAUCAGAUGGGUGAAUGAUUCUGCAGAUUCUGCUGAAACUGCUGCUAUUCAGAAUGGUAUGUACGUUGCUGUCAUCGGUAGCCUCAAGGGAGUUCAGGACAAGAAGCGUGCUACGGCUUUUGCAGUCAGGCCUAUAACUGAUUACAACGAGGUCACGCUGCAUUUCAUUCAGUGUGUACGGAUGCACAUAGAGAACACAAAAUCAAAGGUUGGCAGUCCUGCGCACACCAAUUCUUCUGUGGGAACUCCAUUCUCCAACAGAUUGAGCGAAGCGGCCACUCCACCCUCUGUGAAAUCCAACCUGGCACCAGUGACCAGUGGAACAAACGGAUCAGAGACAGAUUUCUACACGCAGGUGCUGAAUGUCUUCCGUGAACCGGCAAACAUCGAGAGUGACCAUGGCGUUCAUGUGGAUGACAUUGCCAAGCGGUUCAGGCUACCAGUACUCAAGAUCAAGGAGGCUAUCGACUACCAUGUCGAUGUCGGGCACAUCUACUCGACCAUCGACGAUUUCCACUACAAGUCAGCGUUCGUCGACUAAGCCUGUAACCGGGUGCCCCACUACAAGUCAGCGUUCGUCGACUGAGUCUGUAACCGAGUGCCGCCAUCGCUCGCUAGCACCCGUCCUUAGAUGUGCUGUUUAGGUAGCCCCCUGAAGGAGCCAUCUCAGUGCUGGAGUUUGAGAGAGGCAUGACGCACCGUUAGCCUGAAUGUAGCGAGGACGCUCCAGGGGCAUGUAUUACUUUAAAUUCCUGUCAAUUAGAAAUCGUAUGAGCCUUGAUGUGCUUGUCUAGUGAAAUCAUGGUUAGCGUCUCUCAUGUGCUGCUCUAGGUGUUAUAUGGUUGGAUGAAUUUACAUUUUACAGUCAAAUUUUAACA